AUGGCAGACUGGCAAGAAAAAGAUCUUGAAAAGAUCGCCAAGGGAUGGUCAAUUGCCAUGCAUUAUUCUAAAGAGCGUCUCCAGCGGGUGCAUGACCUCGAGGAUGACCAGCUUGACGACGCUAUCAACGAUGGUCAUCUGGUCCUCGAAACCGUCUGCCUCUUCAUGCACGCAUGUGUUAGACGUGACCAGUACAAACUUCCCCUCCAGUUUUGGCACAUUCUCCAUGCCGAGUAUGGGAUUGUUGUCUAUCCCUCUGCUUUCUCAGAACAUAUGGACGUCCAAGGGCUUGGGACUGAUGCCACCUUUACGGAGGCUUACCAUGGACAUAUCAUGAUGUAUGGCGGAACCCGCGGCACGAAGUGCCCUCCCCGAUGUCCCUUCGAAUUCAUGCGAGAGCCGCCGCCAGUCUACCAGAAGGAAACACCAAAAAUAGAAACGUAA